GAAAUGUCCUCUGGGAUCCUGAACUGCAGGUUCUACAGGGCCAAGUUCCCUGCACCUGAUGAGUUAGUCAUGGUCACCAUAAAACAGAUCGAAGACAUGGGCGCUUACGUGCAGCUCCUUGAAUACAACAACAUCGAAGGUAUGAUCCUGAUGGGUGAGUUGUCGCGUAGGAGAAUCAGAUCAAUCAACAAACUGAUCCGAGUGGGCAGGAACGAAGCUGUCGUCGUAGUGAGGGUAGACCCCGUUAAAGGAUACAUUGAUUGUUCUAAACGGAGAGCUAGUCCCGAAGACAGAGACCUUUGCCACAGCAAACACGCCAAGGGCAACAAAAUCAACCUCAUCCUCAGAAACGUCGCACAGAAAUUACAGUACAAAGAAGACAACCAACUAGAAGAGCUAUACAGCAAGAGUGCGUGGUACUUUGACGAGAAGUUCAAGCAAGAUAAUGCCUCGUUCGAGUGGUUCAAGAAAGCGGUCGCUGACUCUUCAGUUUUGGAUGAGUGCCCACUUGACAAUAAUGUGCGAGAAGUUUUGCUAGCCGAGAUCCAGAGGAGACUGGCGCCCAACCCUGUCAAAAUAAGAGCUGAUGUAGAAGUAUCCUGUUUCAAUUUUGAGGGAAUCGACGCAAUAAAACGUGCUCUGAAGCGAGGAAUUGCUUGUUCAACAGAAGAAAUGCAAAUAUCAGUAAAUUUAAUAGCACCGCCUACAUAUGUGUUAACGGUGACUACGCUAGACCACACAGACGGGUUGGCAGCGGUGAACAAAGCUAUGGGGGAGAUAGAAGAGAGCAUCGAGGAGUCAGGAGGCAGUUUCAAAGUGGUCUCUGAGCCAAAGGUAGUGAACAGGGCGGACGAUUUGGAGUUUGCGAAGCAGUUGGAGAAAUUGGAGCAGGAGAAUCAAGAGGUGGCCGGUGACGAUUCCAACAGUGAGGGGGAGGAGACAGACUCAACUACAGGGGGAGGGGGAGGGGCUAAAAUGGCUAACGGGAAAGGAGACGCUGCAGAGGAAGAAGAGGAGGACUGAAUUAUUUGUUACUAGAUCCGUGAUGAGAUUAAUUGUUCAUUGAAGUUAAAUUGCAGCGGACCUUCUAAUUUUCUUCAGCAGGUUCAGAAAUACCGAAUCCAUGGUUGAAACUAAAAACAACUUGGCCAUUGGCUGUACAAAUUCUGUUGAUUACUCAACUUGAAGUAUGUCAACAAUGUUUUUUUUUUGCUGAAAUCGAACGUUUACAAAUGGUUCUGCUGCAGUUGGUCUGAUAAAUGUUUUAAAUUUAUUGCUAUAAUUACUGGCUUGGCGAUUCUUUUCCAAGGCAUAUUGUCGCUUUUUUCGCGCUUGCAUAACGCUUUCUCGU